AUGAAGUGGAUCUUUGGGUUCAGAGGUGUUAAAUCACCUGUUAGGUCGUUUCUAGCAACAAGGAACUGCAUAAGGACCUUUUCCCAAUCUCCACGAUCACAUGCUACUUACAAGCGCUUUGAAAACUCCCAAUCUUAUGACUUUUCCAGGUUAGUUUCUUCCAAACCGCUCUUGUACACGGUUUUAGGAUUAGGAGCAUUUUAUGUUUAUAACCAGGACGAGGCUCCAUUUACAAACAGAAGAAGAUUUUUAUGGGUUCCUUAUUGGAUGGAAAAACGGGUUGGUGACAUGAGUUAUCGGCAGAUUCUACUUCAGUAUAAGAAACAAAUUGUGCCUCAUAGCGAUCCCAUCUAUGCCAAAGUAUCUGGUAUUGUUAAUAGACUUCUUGAAGCAGCAUUUGAGAACCUGAGAGACCCUAAGCAGAUAGAACACUUGAAGAGUUUGAAAUGGGAGAUCCAUGUAAUUCAAGUCAAUCCCAAGGAAACACCUCCCAAUGCAUUUAUUCUACCCAAUGGCAAAAUAUUUAUCUUCUCAUCCAUAUUGCCUAUUUGCCACGAUACAAACGGAAUUGCCACCGUAUUAUCACAUGAGUUGUCCCACCAGUUGGCACACCACUCUAUGGAGCAGCUCAGUAAACAACCUGUUUAUAUGGCAUUAUCUACCCUUCUCUAUAUGGCUACAGGAGUCUCGGGAUUCAAUGACUUACUUAUUGCUGGGCUUCUCACGAUGCCAGCCUCCCGAGAGAUGGAGAGUGAAGCUGAUAGAAUUGGCUGUGAGUUGAUGGCCCGUUCGUGCUUUGAUAUAUAUCAGAUUCCACGGUUCUGGGAGAGAAUGCAUGCAUUUGAAGAGCAACAACUGGGCCAGGCUCGGACUCUGAUGUUGAAUGAGUUCUUCUCUACCCACCCUAACACCAACAAAAGAAUCCAUGACAUACAAUCUUGGAUGCCACAACUCGAGAGUAUAAGCGAGAGCUCAAAUUGUCACCAGUAUGGUCAAUUUAAUCAGUUGAGAAGCUUCUUCUAA